AUGCGGUUCAACUCCCCGAGAAACCUUCACUACCCCAUCACCGUCACGAAGCUUCUGCAGCAACAGGAUGACAAGGUGAAGAGGUUCGCGAAGCUCUUCUCAUACUACUAUACAACUUCUGUGACGGAAGUUGAUGAGUUCGGCCAGGAAAAUGAGGUCGAGAAGAAGUUCCCGGCCGACUUCCAAGCCGAGAAGGAAGGCACCCUGAGGACCUGGUUUAUCAGGGAGGGAGACGUCAUCGAGCGCGAGGGAGUCAAGCUAUUCGAGCUCAAUGAAGAGUGUUCACACGAAGUCCAAUGGGGCGGAAUGUGCGUCAACUGCGGGAAGAAUAUGGACGAAGUAAGUUUCAACACAACGAUGCGCGAUAUCGACCGUGCUACUGUCGUCCGAGCCCAUGGCAGCACCGCCCUCAAGAUCAGCGAAGAUGUCGCCAUUCGCGCCGAGGAGGAAGCCAAACGCCGCCUCCUGUCCAGUAAGAAGCUCUCCCUCGUCGUCGAUCUGGAUCAGACCAUCAUCCACGCGACGGUGGAUCCGACCGUAGCCGAAUGGCAGAAGGAUCCGGAUAACCCGAACUACGAUGCGGUCAAGGAUGUUCAAUCCUUCCAGCUCCUUGAUAAUGGACCGGGCGGGAGAGGAUGUUGGUACUACAUCAAGUUGAGACCGGGCUUGCGAGAAUUUUUGGAGAACAUCUCAAAGAUCUAUGAGCUGCACAUUUACACGAUGGGAACACGGGCCUACGCGCAGAAUAUCGCGAAGAUUGUUGACCCCAAUCGCAAGAUUUUCGGCGAUAGGAUUCUCAGUCGAGACGAGAGCGGUAGCCUGACGGUCAAAACGCUACACCGAAUCUUUCCUGUGGACACCAAGAUGGUCGUUAUCAUCGAUGACAGAGGUGACGUCUGGAACUGGCACAGUAACCUGAUCAAGGUGACACCUUAUGACUUUUUCGUGGGCAUUGGCGACAUCAACAGCAGCUUUCUCCCCAAGCGACAUGACAUUGCCCCAGCGGACCCACCGCCGCCGUAUACCCCGCCACAAGACGAAGCAGAAGGUGCGAAGGGGGGUGCGACAGAGGGCUCAACGGCCGAAGAGAAGCUCUCACAUCUCAAAAUUCAGAUGCCCCCCAAGCCCAAUAGUGAAACAACUUCGCUAGAGGAACAGCUCGUUGCCAUGAGCGGGGGUGACAACCCUGAGCUGCUUAAGGAACAAACGGAUGAGCAGAACGAGACGAUCGCGACGCAGAUGGAAGACAAGCCGCUGUUGCGUAGGCAGGAAAUUCUCGACAAGGCGGAUCAAGAAGCCGCAGAAAAGGAGGAGAACCGCGAGAAUGGUGAUGAAACGCCUAGUGAUGCUCACAGACGCCAUAACCUUCUUCACGAUGACGAUGAGGAGCUCGCACAUCUGGAAGCCAACCUGCGGUCCGUUCAUCAACGCUUCUACGAGCGAUACGAAAGGAACCGAUCUGGCGCCCAGGGCGGAAGACUGGCGCAGCUCAAAGGGGAAAAGAGCCCGAAGAAACGGCCGAUUGACGACUUGGAGAUAGUGCCAGACGUCGCUUUAAUCAUGCCUGACAUGAAACGGAGCGUUCUCAAGGGUGUCUCAAUCGUAUUCUCCGGAGUGGUUCCGCUGGGGACCAACAUUCAAAAUUCCGAGUAUGCCGUCUGGGCAAAGAGCUUUGGCGCAAAGGUGUCCGAAGUCAUCAACCGAAAAACCACGCACGUAGUCGCAGCGAGGAAUCGGCGAACACAAAAAGUCCGGCAAGCAGCGCGACACCCUCAGAUCAAGAUCGUGACUGUGGACUGGCUCAAGGAAUGUUUCGUCAAGUGGCAACGUGCGCCGGAAGGGCCCCACAUCAUCCAUGUGGAGCCUGAUGAGCGCGGCCCGCACGCCUCGCAGGGUUCCCCAUUCGACGAGCUCGAUGAGGGUACCGUGAUGUCUUCAUCCGAAGAGGAUGCCAUGAAUGCGGAAACCGACCUUGAUGAGCUUGGGGAAGACGAUACGGGUAGCGAUGACGAUGAACUGGAUGAAAUGAUGCCCACUUCCCCCGUCGACGAACAGAACCUCAGGCUGGAUGAUACAGACCGCGAAGAGCUCGAGAAGGAACUCGCAGAAUUCCUCGACGAGAGCGACACGGACGGCGAAGCAGGCGACAAGUCUGACGGUUUCGAGUCAGAUGCCAGCGUCCGCAGCGAGACGUCGGUGAAGACGUUGCACAAGAAAAGAAAACGGAACGCCGAGUCCACCGACAACUCGGAAACCAGCGACAGCGACUCUAACAUGACGGACGACGGGACGGUCAGCGUGGCGGGGUCCAAGCUCCAGCGGCGGAAGAAGCGGGCGCUAGAGCGGGUGACCAGUUUGACCAACGUCGCAAUCGUCGAGCACUCAUCCGGCCUCCCGAGUCCAGACACGACGGGCCCGGAGGAAGGGCAAGGUGAAGAGGACGCAAGCAAAUUAAACCAGGCGGAGGCCGACGAAGACGACGAUGCACUGGAAGCGGAGCUGCUAGCAGAGUUCGAAAAGGAUGACGACGAAGAGGAAACUGAAAACUGA